AUGUCCAAGAAAAAUCAUACUAGAGAACGGCUGUCUCGUUCUUCUACAAUAAAUGAUGAAAACAGAAGCAGUGCAGAAAGCAAAGAGGAGCUAGAAAAUGGUGCCAAAUCUGUUGAAGAUAAUGAGUAUAAUGAAAAGAAAAGAAGAAAGAAAGAUUCGAAAUCAGGCUCAUCAACGAAAUCAAAAAGAAAAAAAAAUGAAGCUAAUGAAGUUGGAGAGACCGAAGGCAAUAACGGUUUAGACGGUAUUAAGCCAAAGAAAAGAAAAACGGAAAUAGAAAGUUCUACAGGCGAUGCAAUUGAAAAAGAUUUGGAUAUGAAAGAUUCAGAUGCUUCCAACGAUGCGGUGAAACAAGAAAAUGAAAAAGAAGCAGGAGAAAUUCCGGAGAAUUUGAAACUUACAUCAUAUCGAAUUAGUCAAGAGACAAUAGACUGCUUGAAAAAGCGUGGAAUCAUGUCACUAUUUCCUAUUCAAGCUUCCACUUUCGAUCUGAUUUAUGAUGGAAAGGAUGUUUUAGCUAGGGCAAAGACCGGAACUGGUAAGACCUUGGCGUUUGCACUACCAAUAACAGAAAUCCUCUUGGAGCUACAGAAAGAUGAUAGGAGUUUUUAUAGUCGCGGCCGUCCACCAAAAGUUAUUAUAAUGACACCCACUCGUGAUCUGGCAAAACAGGUUUCAGCCGAAUUUGAGUCCAUUGCUCCAAAUUUAAAGGUUUUGUGUAUUUAUGGUGGCGUGGCAUAUGAUCUCCAAAAUCAAGGUUUACGUGAAGGCAUUGAUGUGCUAGUUGGCACGCCUGGUCGAAUUAUGGAUCAUAUUGACCGUGGCAACUUGAAAUUAGUCAAUAUCAAAUUCGUAGUUUUAGAUGAAGCUGACCAGAUGUUAGACAUUGGUUUCGCCGAAGCUAUGGAAACUGUUCUAAAGCAUAUAAGGCAACAUAAAGAAGAUCAAGGUAGAGGUAUUGACUAUCAGACUCUUUUAUUUUCUGCCACGGUACCUGACUGGGUUAGACAAGCAAUAAAGAAUUAUUUGAGAACAAAUUAUGAGAAUGUGGAUUUAAUAAUAAAUACAGAUACGAAAACAAAUGUCAUUAUGGAAUUCGCUCUGGAUGGAAUUCCCGAAGAGAUAUUAUUGGUGACGUUGUUACAUGCUACGCUGGCACAGGAUCCUGUGUUAUUUUUUGUAAUACUAAAAAUGAUGCAAAUGCUUGCACUUAAUGAUAAGUUGAAGCAAGAUGCGCAAGUGUUACAUGGAGAUAUUGCCCAAACGCAAAGAGAAAUUACCAUGAAACGUUUCAGAGAGGGAAAGUUUAAAUGCAUUAUAUGUACAGACGUCUUAGCAAGAGGGAUUGAUAUUCCACAAGUUGAUUUAGUGAUCAAUUGCGAACCGCCAAAAGAUAUAGAAACUUACGUUCACCGGGCUGGUAGAACCGCGCGAGCGGGACGGCAAGGAACAGCCGUAACGUUUUUCAAACCACAAGAAGAAUAUCUUCUGUUAAACAUUCAACGACGUACCGGAAUUGUGUUUCAAAUGGUUGGCCCACCACAACCGCAAGAAAUCAUUGCUGCCACUGCAAAUGAUGUCAUCAAAAAUAUAGAAUCUGUCGAGAGUACUGUGGUAUCAUAUUUUCAUGAAACAGCUAAGGAAUUAAUAGCUUCCCAAGGAGCAGUCGAGGCGUUAAGUGCAGCUUUAGCAUACAUGAGUGGCUACGCUGGAGGAAUCAAGAAACGCUCAUUGAUGUCAGCCGUAGAAGGGUACACUACAUUGCUAUUCAGAUUUACAUAUCCGAUCAGGCACAGUAGUUAUGUAAGAAAUAUUUUCAAAAAUCAUUAUCCACAAUUAUCAGAGGACAGUAUCAAAGCAUUUAAAUUAACAAAAGAUAUGCAAGGAGUGGUAUGUGAUAUUUCUAGUGACAAGUUAGAAAUUGGAAAGGAUGGAGAGAUCAUUCUAGCCGGGAAACCUUGGGCGAACUCUAAAACCACAACAUUGGAGAUUGCGAAGGAGUUACCGGAAUUACAGGAAGUUAGUAGAUGGAAUCACGGAGAUGGUGGUGGAAACACUAAUGGAGGUGGAUAUAGGAGCGGGAAUCGAAAUAGUAAUAAAUUUGGAAAUAAUCGGAAUGGAAACGGAUAUGGAGGAAGUGGUCGUGGUAGUAGUCGUGGUUACGGACGUAAAAAUUUUUAA